AUGCCUUCCACAGUCUCCGAACAACCCACGGCGGGCGGCUCGGCGUCAACAAACUCGAUUACCGUUACACUAGGCCAGCUGGCUAAAAUGAUCGAUCACUCUCUCCUGCACCCCACAAUGACUGACGCAGAUAUCCUGACCGGACUCGAGAUCGCAAAGAAAUACGGAGUGGCUACAGCCUGCGUGAAGCCGUAUCUCAUUCCAAUGGUCGUGGAAGAACUUGAAGGGUCAGGAGUGCUAGUGUGCCCCGUCAUCGGCUUCCCGCACGGGAAUAGCACCACAAAAGUGAAGGUGAUCGAAGCUGAGCAGGCCGCCGAGGCUGGAGGCAAGGAAAUUGAUAUGGUCAUCAAUAUUGGCAAAGCGCUAGGUGGGGAUUGGGACUAUGUCACUGAAGAGAUCCGUCUCAUCAACGAGGCAGUCGUCCAACGUGGCGCAAUCCUCAAAGUGAUUUUCGAGAACGACUAUCUCCAAGAAGAGCACAUCAUUCGGCUGUGCCAGAUUUGCUCCGACCUAGACGUGGCAUUCGUCAAAACCUCGACUGGAUACGGUUUUGUCAAGCAGCCCGACGGAAGAUACAGCUACAAAGGCGCCACUGUGCCGCACUUGAAGCUUAUGAGAAAACACUCGAAGCCCAGCGUCCAAGUGAAAGGUGCUGGUGGCAUUCGGACUCUCGAUGAUCUCCUUCACGUCAUGUCUCUCGGUGUGACGAGAAUCGGUGCAACCGCAACCGUGCAAAUAAUGGAAGAUGCACGAAAAAGAGGCAUUACAGAUGAACCGACGACUGUGAGCUUCGUGCCAAUUGCAGCCGGACAACCUGGAGGCUAUUAGCUGAAGCCAUGUUGGCGGAUUACGGUCUUUUAGCUGGGUGUUUGGCGGACUCAGGGUCCCUCGAGAAAUAGAG